AUGGCGACAGAUGAUGGGAGCCAGCUGCAGGCUCCCUGUGUAGCCCACACAUUGCUGAAACCUGUCUCAGAACAGGCUUUGGAACAGACUCAGGAGCCAGCCCUCUCGGCUCCUAGUUGCGAGGGCAGCGUCUGCGACAGGGCGUCGGAGUUCGAGGACUUCUGGAGACCCCCGUCCCCGUCCGUCUCGCCAGCAUCUGAGCGUUCUGUUUGUCCCUCCUUGGAUGAGGCGCCCCCUUUCUCAGUGCCCUUCAAGCCAUAUGCAUGGAGCACCCUGGGCAGUUCAGAGCUCAGGCAUCUGGUGCAGAACUACAGGCCCUGCCCAACUCUGGAGCAUAGUUCAGCCCUGGGGCUCUUCUGUGAGCGGAGCUCAGAGUCUGCCCUAUUCAGGGCAGAGUGUGGCUCAGCCCUGAGACUUUAUGGUGACUUCAGCUCUACUGGGCCAGGACUCUUUGAGCGGCCAUCAGCAGCAACACCAGGCCUCUAUGCAGAGUCCCAGUCUGGGCUGCAGCAGGAGAAAGGCCCAGGUGGGAUCAAGGUGGAGUCAGAGCUUCUGUGCCGCCCACUGCUGAUCAGCACUGGCUCCUAUAAGUGUGUCAAAUGCAGCAAGGUUUUCUCCACCCCCCAUGGCUUGGAGGUGCAUGUACGCCGCUCACACAGUGGCACCAGGCCCUUUGCCUGUGACAUGUGUGGCAAGACUUUUGGCCAUGCGGUCAGCCUGGAGCAGCACAAGACUGUGCACUCCCAAGAGCGCAGUUUUGAUUGUAAGAUCUGCGGCAAGAGUUUUAAGAGAUCUUCCACCCUGUCCACCCACUUGCUCAUCCACUCAGACACCAGGCCCUAUCCCUGUCAGUACUGUGGGAAACGGUUCCACCAGAAAUCUGACAUGAAGAAACACACUUUCAUUCACACAGGUGAGAAGCCCCACAAGUGCCAGGUAUGUGGGAAAGCCUUCAGCCAGAGCUCCAACCUCAUCACCCAUAGUCGUAAGCACACUGGUUUCAAGCCCUUUGGCUGUGAUCUGUGUGGCAAAGGCUUCCAGAGGAAGGUGGAUUUAAGGAGACAUCGGGAGACACAACAUGGUCUGAAAUGAGACUCAGCUGUGAUACAGAAAGCACCUACAACACUAUGUGAACAAAUUCCCAUACUUCCCUGAUGACCCUGAGUCAUGCCCUUUAGCACAGACUCUGACAUUACCUUUUGGGACCGGAGCUCAGGAGGGACAGGACAGGACACUGCUUUGAAAGUUCAACCAGAAGGACCCUGAAAGUGGAUCUGAAAGGCUGGGCUUUCCCUCUUUCUCUCUCUCAACACUGGAAAAUAAACAUUUCCACCUGAAACCUUAAGCUCCAAGUGUGGAUAAGCUAGAACAUAUCUGUGAGCUGGGAAGUCCUUCACCCACAGCGAGAUGAAUUCUUUCACCUUUUUAUUUCUGAAAUUAACGUGCAGGGAAACAGAGUUUACAUGAUAAACACACCGAGCUGUUUGGUAAGGUUAUGAAAAGUGCUUGCUUUUGUGGAGUUUGACUGCUAAAUAGCUUUAUUGACCAUUCUCUAUCAGGAGGGCUUGCAGUGAAAGAGCUGCACUGGAUAUUUUGCUGCUUUCAGCACCAAGGGAUCAACUUGCGCCUGGUUCUGAUCUGACUCAGACUGGUGUAAGUCAGGACUUAACACUGCUGUAAAACUAGUGUGAGAAGUGAAUCAGGCCCAUGUCUCCUGUCCUUCCAGCUUUGUCUGUCUGUAUAGACAAGGCCUGGUUGCAUGAAUGUUUGUGUGUGUUAGGAAUGGGGUUUCUUGUCUGAAAAGAUUGGGAUUUUGCUCUAUAGUAGUUAGGGAAGGAGAGGCCUAUUAAAGAACUAAUAGGAAAAGCCAAAGCACAGACUAAUGCCUCAUAACUAGGAACUCCUGAGCACAACUGAUUGCCCUGACUGAAAAAGACAGUACCAAAUAGCAGGCACAGGCUUUCUGUCCCAAAUGUCCAUCAGCACCAGCAUUCUGGGUUUGAUUAUAAGUAAUUGGGAAGUUGCUAACAAGUUCCUAAUAGACUUGUUUGUAUGUUAGGGAUUAAAAAAAAAAUUUAAAUGCUAUCAUGCCUUGCUUGGGUGGGCAGGGAUCGUUUUGAACAUGUAAUCAAUUGAAUUUGCCUUACAUGACCUUGUGUGUACCUCAGUGGAAAAGUAUGCUGUUUUUACUUUGUUGGCAGGCUUGUAAAUAUCUUUAUUUUGAUUUUACGGAGUGUCUUAUGUUUAUUGGUUCAUAUUUAUUGGAAUAACGUUUUAAAUUAAUAAAGUAUUGAGG